AUAGCAAUGGGUCAAGAAGCUGGCAAACCUGCCUUGCCCAAGGCACCAAGAGGGUAUCAGUCUAUUAUAGGUAGAAGAUAUGGAAGAAGACAUGCCUAUGAUAGUUUUAGACCAUCUUUGAAUAGCCAAGACAGAGAUGAACAACACAAUGAAGACUGUACGCGAUUAGAAUUGGAGGAUAUUCAGAAAGAAAUUUUUUUAUGUUCUGGUCCACUGGCUCAAGUUUCUUCUGGUUUACUAGAUGAGCCUUUGUUAGAAAAUACUGAAAGUGGAGGACCCAUUUGCCAAAGCGUGUCAAAUCAAACUUAUGGAAUGAACACAUCACCAUUCUCUCUCUGCUGUUGUGGUCUGGAAGGCAGCCACAUUCCAGUGAACUUUAUGAACCCUUAUGAGAAUUCUGAGGACCUUGCAGAAUAUGCAUCUGGAGAGCGUAAUGAUUUGAAUACUCAGAAUGAGAUUGCUUUUGUAAACAUUGACUCUUACGAGCCAGAAAGCAGUGAUGGAGAGGAAGAUUAUGCUCAAGACACAUUUUCUUUGGCAAGAGAAGAAGCAGGUGUACUUCAGGAAACACUAGAUAACAUGCUUUCUGAGUUAGAAAGAGACACAGAGACUUUUACUGACUUACAGUCCUGCUUGCCUGCUCAAAACCACAGUGUUUCUAGAGAAUGUUGUGAAGAAGCAGGACCAAUACCCUUAAUGAGAUACUUUAGCAUAGGUUCAGACCUGGCUUAUCCAAACAACAGGACAUUUAAAUCUUUUGCUGAAGACCAAGCUAUACUGAAAAGAAACCCAACUGUUGCCAAUUAUGAAACACAGCAGAUAAAAACCAUAGUGGAUGUUGGAAUUAGAAGCCCUGUAGCAAUUGCUAAUAAUUUAAAUGUCAAUAAUGGAAAGAUUGACCAAGGAAAUUCACCUGAGGUAGUAGUGAGACCUAAAAUAAGAAAACAAAACACUGCAAACCAGUUGGAGAGAGAGAAGCUUCUCCCUAAUGAUGAAGAGGGAAGUGAUUCCUGGAGGAGAAUUGAAAUUGCUGAGGUCCAGCAGGGCCAUGCUGAAUGUGUCCUGAGAAACAGCAAAGAGGAGGUGAUUUCUAGUAUAUUUUUUAACUCAGGAGUGUGUGAAGGUCAUCAAAAGAACAUGAAAAUAGACCUGGAGAAAAAUCUAUCAGCUCAAGAACAAAAAAAUGUUCUAGACAAUAGUACUUUUGAGGAUCAGUUUGAAGACUGCAGUACACACUUCCCAAUGUUCCACAAAGAUGAAAACAGCUCAGAAUGCAGUGAUGGAGAAUGGUCUACAGCUCUGCCUACCUAUUUUACUGCUACAGAAAAAGACCAGUCCUCAAGUGAGGAGAGCUGGGAGACAGUCCCAGGCAGGAAAGAAUAUGAACCUGAAUUUCAGAGCAGCAACAGUGACGUAGAAGAGAAUACAGACAUCUCUUGCCAAGGAGGAGAAGAAAUAUUAUUGGAGGAAGGAGAGAUUCCUCGGUUACAGUACCAAGAAGGAGUAGAAAGUAGCAGUGAUGAGGAAGAUGAUCCAGUUAAUGAUUUUGUGCAUCCUGGAUUCUUCCUGUUGGAUGGGAAUAACAACCUUGAAGAUGACUCCAGUGUGAGUGAAGACCUGGAUGUGGAGUGGAGGCUACUUGAUGAGUUUGGUGAUGGGCUAGGACUUGCUCAAGCUAUUCAUUUUGUGGAUCCUCAGUUUCUCACAUUCACGGCAAUAGAGGGACACUUACAACAAGCUGUGGAGGCUGCUCUGGAGCAGUUGGAGGCUCUUGAAUUUGAAGCUGAACAGCCUCAUCCACCAGCUACUAAAGACACCAUAGACAGUCUGCCAGAGAUUGUGGUUACGGAUGACCACAAUGGCCAAGACCGAUGUUGUAUUAUCUGUUGUAAUGAGUAUGUGGAGGGUGAAAUCAUAACACAGCUACCCUGUCAUCAUAUGUUUCACAGAUGUUGUGUAACUCUGUGGCUACAGGAAUCAGGAACAUGCCCAGUUUGCCGUCAUGUGCUUUCACCUGUGCUUCCUGAAGUUGCAGUGGCCAUUGAUCCCCAUAUCUGA